AUGAAGUACCACAGUUUCAAGGAAAAGUCAUUUCAGGGAUUAGUCUAUUGCGAUUAUUGCGGGAAGCUUUUGUGGGGUUUGGCAAAGCAAGGUGUUCACUGUUCGGCAUGUAGUGAAAUGGUGGUGCAAUGCCGUCCUUCACGGCGUCUAAGCCCGGAUAGUCUUUCCGUCACUGACUCUGAAGCUGAGUCCGUCAGCAAAUACUCCACGACGUCUCCGCGAGGAUCGAUCGAUAUCCCUCAUCAACGACAACCGUCCAUUCUCAAUGUCAUGGACGAAAGCAGUCGACCGGGUAUCAAACGGUCGUCGACUAUGACAAGUGAACAUACCAAAGUAGAGGAACCUUUACGUUCUCCGACCGAUAUCCAUUCUCGCCCUCUUUCCUCUUCCUCCGCCAAAUCAUACCGCAAAGCAUUGAAGCAACAUGUACAAACCGAUGCCGUUCUCAGUCCUCAAGCCACCGCCAAAGCAUUCACUCGUCUCGUCGCUCAGACGUCGGCAUCGCAAGCAUUGAUGCCAAGGUUUGAUGAAAGUACGCCGGAAUACUAUGUCAAUCUGGAGCGAACGCAGCAAAUGAUGCUGUUCUUGAUUCGACUGUACGACAAUCUGGCCUACCAUUUACAACACGUCAUCCUAAGUUCCACCAUGUAUCAAUGCCUGUUAUUGGGUACCGUGAUAAUCUCAAUUUCGCUGAUGUUUUUUGGCCGCUGGAUCGUGCUGGCAGUGGGAUUGAUUGUCUUAUUGAACAAAACAUGGCUCGGAUCAUCCAUCGAAGUUUUUACUUUGUUCCUUCUGGAACUCGUGCAAACUGUGGUGGAGUUGGUGUACCGAAAACCAGUUGCAGAGCGCAAGACAAUGGAGAUUUCGAUUUACGAAAACCAACGUUGGUGGGCAGGUAGUGGCUACACACCCCAGUUACUACGUUCGGAACGAAAAUCAUGGUCCAAUAUUACUGGCACCGAACCGUUUCCUAACAAAGAUGAAAUGCCACCACCGCCCAGUUAUGAGUGGGCAGACGAUGGUUGGAAGGUUGAUACGACAGGUCCCUGGGCAGAUGAUCUUUUAGACAUGGGUAAGCAUUUUUGGAUGAUGGGGUGUAUAAUUUUGUAA